AAUCCUCGGUGAAAAACAGGAAGAUGACGUAUCUUUGCUACGUGUCAGGAAGUUCUGUAGUCCAACAUGGCGGCGCAGCAGAGUGAUGUUGAUGAACUCUUCGAUGUGAAAAAUGCCUUUUAUAUCGGCAGCUAUCAGCAGUGUAUUAACGAGGCUCAGAAGGUGAAGCCGUCAGGACCAGAGAAGGAGACGGAAAGGGACGUGUUUUUGUACAGAGCAUACAUUGCCCAGAGGAAAUAUGCUGUUGUCCUGGAUGACAUCAAGGACAACUCUCCACCAGAGCUUCAGGCUGUCAAGAUGUUUGCUGAGUAUCUGUCCAGUGAAAGCAAAAGGGACGCUAUUGUUGCUGAUCUAGAGAAGAAGAUGGCGAAGAGCGUGGAUGCUGCCAACACCACCUUCCUCCUCAUGGCUGGUUCCAUCUACUACCAUGAGAUGAACACAGACGCUGCUCUCAGGACUCUUCACCAAGGAGAAAGCCACGAGUGCAUGGCCAUGACCAUUCAGGUGCUGCUGAGUCUGGAUCGUGUUGACCUGGCGAGGAAGGAGCUGAAGAAGAUGCAGGAGCAGGAUGAGGAUGCUACUCUGACACAGCUUGCCACAGCCUGGGUUAAUAUUGCUGUGGGUGGAGAGAAGCUGCAGGAUGCCUACUACAUUUUCCAGGAGAUGUCGGACAAGUACUCCUCUACCCUGCUGCUCCUCAACGGGCAGGCGGCCUGUUACAUGGCUCAGAACAAGUGGGAAGAGGCCGAGGGAGUGCUGCAGGAGGCACUCGACAAGGACAGCAGCCACCCUGAGACGUUGAUCAACCUCAUAGUGCUGACUCAACACCUGGGCAAAGCCCCCGAGGUAACCAAUCGGUACCUCUCUCAGCUGAAAGACGCACACAGAGCCCACCCAUUCCUCAAAGACUACUUAGCCAAGGAGAAUGAGUUUGACAGACUAGUGAUGCAGUACGCUCCCACCGCCACAGCAUAAGAUAUCUGAGACACCUAAACAAUGGACUUCAUGAAGUUCUCUUUCUAACGUACAUACCUGUUAUUUGUUUUGAUAUUUUUACUUGUCAAAAUUGGCUGUAUUAUUUAAACCAGACCAGAAGUCAUCAUUUCCCCUGUAGAUAAAACACAUCUAUUCUUUAUUAAUUUCUCUUAUGGAAAUCAAUACAUCUAUUUUAAAGGUCCCAUAUUAUAAAAAAAGUGAGAUUUUCAUGUUUUUUUAUUAUAAAGAAGGCUUAA